AUGAUUAAUGCAAAGGAAACAGAAGAAGCAUUACCAUGCGCAGGAGGCUGUGGACUUUUUGGCACCCGAAAGAACAACAAUCUCUGUUCCCUCUGCUACAAGCAGAGUGUUCUUCAGCAAUUUCCCCCUCUUAGGUUCGAACCCGAGACCAAGCCAUCACUGGUUUGCCCUCCUACGAAUCUUCCCGCCACUUCAGAAGAACCGGUCGGAAUCAAACGAAGAUGCGGGAUGUGUCAGAGGAAGGUAGGGAUGUUGGGAUUCAACUGCAGAUGCGGACACAUGUUUUGCGGGUCCCAUCGGUAUCCGGAGGAGCAUUCUUGUCCCUUCGAUUACAAACAUUCUGGACGGCUUGGAUUGGCCAAACAAUUGCCUUUGAUCAGAACUGAGAAGCUGCAAAGAUUUUAG